AUUCUGUCACUCUCUCGGGGGGAAAUGAGAAAGGCAAAAGUUAAUUAGAAAGAUUCGCUUUUCUUUUCUUAGGCUGGCAAUGGAAAAUGGCUCCCCCUCCUUCCUAUUCCCUUUGCAAAUGAAUUCAUCCACUUCCACUUCCUCUUUCUUUUCCUUUUCCUCAUUAAUUAAAUUUGUGUGCUUACAUUUAAUUCCAAUAAUUACUUGAGAUAUAUAAAUUUCCUGUUUCAGCAUUCCAAGUAUUCCAACCUUACAAUUCGAGAGCAACACAACAAUAUUUUUGCUAUAUAUAUACAUAUACUGGUUUUGAUUAAUGGCCGCGAGUGCGAAUCCGACGGGGAAUAAUCAGGAAGGUUUGUCGAACCAGAAGGUAACGGCUCCUCCUACAAUAGCCAAUGGCAUUUCCCUCAUUUCGAACAGCAGCGAAGCCAAUACCUUGGCGCUUGCCGCCGGCUUGGCUGAUACGCAGGCGGCGUUGAGGCACAACCCCGGCAUCUCCAUAAACUGGACUCCCGACGAACAAUCUAUCCUCGAGGAUUUACUCGCCAAGUAUGCAUCUGACUCAACCAUAGUUCGCUAUGCUAAGAUAGCGAUGAGGUUGAAGGACAAAACAGUUCGGGAUGUGGCACUGCGCUGCAGAUGGAUGACCAAGAAGGAAAAUGGAAAACGAAGGAAAGAGGAUCAUAUUUCAACAAGGAAAAGCAAAGACAGAAGGGAAAGAAGUACAGACUCUUUGGCGAAGUCUACAUCUGUUUUAACAGCUAGGCCUAAUGGUCCUUCACAUGUACCACCAAUUACCCAGAUGGACAACGAUGAUGGCAUCCCAUACAAAGCCUUUUGGGGUGCAACAGGAGAGCUACUUGAUCAAAAUGCUCAAAUAUUUAAUCAAAUUUCAGCAAAUUUUUCAGCUUUCCAGAUACAUGAUAAUAUAGAUCUCUUAUGCAAAGCCCGGGACAAUAUCUUUACAAUCUUGAAUGAGAAUACCAUUAACGUUGUCAUUGCUAUCAACAUCAAUGUGAUUUCAGGUUAAAUGAGUUGCCAGAGGUAAUGGAACAAAUGCCGCCGCUUCUGGACAAGAUAAAUGAGGAAAAGGCCAACGAGAUCCUUCCUCCGUCAUCCCUUCAGAUGAAAUCAUGAUCAGGACUCGCUGGUGAUACUCUCUGACCCAUUUUAUCUCAAGGUAGGAAUUGUCGAGAAAAAAGGAACAAUUUUAACAAAAUAAAAUAGAGGGGGGAGGGGAAUGAACUGAUUUAUUGAGAUGAAGUCGUUUUGGUCAAAUUUAAAAUGUUUUGUAAGCAUGUUUAUAUGGCCUAUAAAUUAGAAUGCUGCAAGUAGUCUCAUUUCUUCUUUUAAGUCAAUUGAUUUUGGGAACUAAAUGUAGCUUUGUGAAUAAUAUAUAUAGCUUAUGCAGCAUGAAAAUUUGCUUAAUGUAACA